UUUACAUUACACUUCCGUCUCAUCGAGAUGGGGCAUUCUUUGUCUAAGGAGGCGUCCUUCAUUAAGGAUCUUAAAGCCUCCCUUCGAGAGAGAGGAAUUAGGGUCAAAAAGAAAGAUCUAGUUGAUUUUUUCAUUUAUAUUGAUAAAGCUUGUCCUUGGUUUAUGUUAGAUGGCCCAACAAUACACCCCAAAAAAAUGGCAAAAGGUGGGUCGUGAGCUUAAUCAAAAAUUAAUUUCAGAGGAAGACCAAGCCCUUUCCCCUACAGUCUUUUCUUUCUGGGGAAUUAUUCGAGAUAUUGUUGAAGAUGCUGAUAAUGACGCUGGCAAGCGACAAUUACUUUCAGUCGCUGAAUAUUGUCUUUCUUCUUCCAAGCAAAACUCACCCGUCGCUUCUCGCCCUCCCUCUCGCACUUCUGAUUCCUUCUCUUUGGCUAACGCCUCUCCUCUUCCCAGCCUCCCUCGACUUUAUCCGCCCCUCCCCACUGCUGAUAUCCCACCACCAUGUUCUGGGACGCCUACUCACAAAGAAUCCUCAAAACCCCUCGGCCCACCCGUUUCUCUUGCACAAGAUCCUGAGCCCCUAGAUCCUGGAGAUGCCGCUACGCUUGAGGAUGAGGCCGCUCAUUAUCAUAAUGGUGAUAAUCCUCCCCUAGCCUCCGCGCCUCCGCCAUUUGCUCCUUUUGUCCUCCCAUCCUUCCCUACACUGCCUACAGAUAUCCUCUCCGAGACCCGGUCUCGUCUUUCUGCCCAAGUCCGCGACCUGACCGAGAUUCUCCAUCUCCAACGACAACUUUCGCGACUCACAACUCGCUGUUCUGUCCUCCCUACAUCCAAUUCUGCCUCUGCUAUUCCUGAGCGUUCUCCUCCAUCUAACUCUUCGCUCAUAAACCCGGUUUUUCCUCUGUCUACCCCUUCCCAGCUUGCUUUUCCUGUCACCACUCGCUCACAAGCGCGUCGCGUCUCUGCUCCUUCUCAGUCUACACCUGCCCGUCCCGAUCAUGUCAGUAUUCAAAUCCUUGACGAUGAGGCUUCUGAUGCGGAGACUAGUGAUGAUAAUGACGAGGAAAAACCCUGUGACGAGGAUAAACCCUAUGAAGCCCCUAACUCUUCUCACGCUCCUGUUAGUUCUUCUGCUAAAACCAAAACCAAAACUAAACCCUCCUCUGAGGAGCCUGGUGACUUUCAUCCCCUUUGGUUUAAAAAAUUAAAAAAACUUAAUUCAGCCGUCCGCACCUAUGGCCCUAACGCUCCUUUUACUGUUUCCCUCCUUAAAAGUAUGGCUGGGGGCGGAUUCCUGACACCCGGUGAGUGGCUUACUGUUGUCCAAUCGGUUCUCACAAGAGGCCAGUUUCUUUCAUGGCAGGCUAACUGGUAUGAUCGCUGCCGUAACCUAGCCAAUAAUAAUUUAACAGACCCCUGCAAGGCCUCAGCAAAAUGGACAUUUAAUAAACUAACAGGACAAGGUAAAUAUGCCCCGACACAGGCACAACGCGCCUUUCCUAUUGGACUUUUGGCUCAAGCUCAUGGAGCUGCCCUUGCCGCCUGGCGAGCCAUUCCAGUCAAGGGAUCUGUCCUCUCACCUUUAACAAAAAUCAUUCAAGGAAAUAAUGAGGACUACUCAGAGUUUGUGGGGCGCCUCCUUGAGGCGGCAGAGCGAUCAUUGGGGUCCGACAAAAUAGAACAAAAAGAAAAUAAACUUCUUAAACAACUGGCUUUCGAGAAUGCUAACUCUGCCUGUAAGACAGCCCUACGGGACAAACAUAAAGAUAAGGACCUUCCUAAAAUGAUUCGUAUCUGCUCUGAUGUUGACCCCUUUACUCAUAAGAUGUCUCAGGCUAUAAGCCUGGUCAUGGGAGCUACACAAGGCCCCGGUCCCAAAUAUUCUUGCUUUAAAUGUGGACAAACGGGACAUUUUGCACGCCAAUGUCCCCAACAAAACUCUUCCCCCUCAGGACAAAAUGGGGGACUUCCUUGUCCCUUGCCCACUACUGUCUGUCCUCAUUGCCGGCAGGGCAAACAUUGGGCUGCUGCCUGUCGCUCCAAGACGGAUUCCGCAGGCAAUCCUCUCCCUCCCCUACAAGAAAACAUGACAAGGGGUCAGCCCCGGACCCCUCAGCCUAUCAACUUUAUGCCGGCCUUGGGGGUAAGCCAGCCAUGCCACAAUCAGACCCUAACACAGUCAGCGCCAGACCAACAGUCUGCCUUCGCAGGGCCACUCCCGGGGGCGCAGGAUUGGACCUCUGUGCCUCCACCGACUCAAUUCUAACCCCCGAAGAUGGGGUACAAAUUAUUUCCACAGAAAUUUUUGGGCUGCCUCCUCCAUACACUUAUUAUUUAAUUUUGGGAAGGGCAUCUAGUAUAUUAAAGGGCAUCAAUGUCUUCCCUUCUUUAAUUGAUAAUGACUAUACUGGAGAAAUAAAAAUCUUGGCUAGCAGCACGUGGGGACCCCUCCCAAUUACUAAGGGACAGCGAUUGGCUCAAGCGCUCCCCCUACCCCUAGAUUUAACUGCUCCCGCUUUAGGCCCUUCUCGAGGACCAUCUACUCCUGGAUCCUCGGACAUUUUCUGGGUUCAACAGAUGACUCAAGAGCGACCCACUCUAAAACUUAAACUUAAUGGAAAGACAUUUGAGGGCCUUUUGGAUACAGGUGCAGAUUCCACAGUAAUUUCUCAAAGAGCAUGGCCUCCUUCCUGGCCCUCCCAGCCAACUUUAACUCAGCUACAGGGUAUAGGUCAAUCUCUUAAUACCCUACAGAGUUCCCAAUUGCUGACCUGGGAAGACCCUGAGGGAAAUAGCGGACACGUGGGUCCAUUUAUAGUCCCUGGGCUCCCUGUUAAUCUCUGGGGGAGAGAUAUUCUUUCCCAAAUGGGAGUUCUCAUGUUUAGCCCCUCAGAGGCAGUCACCCAACAAAUGCUUAAACAAGGCUUUAUACCAGGAAAAGGAUUAAAAAAAAAAAAAUCAAGGAACACCCAAACCUAUUUCGGUUGUUCCAAAAUUGACACGUACAGGACUUGGUUAUGAAUCACAUUUUUCUUAAGGGCCAUUGCUCCCCCUGCACUCCAGGCAGAUAAAAUAACAUGGAAAAGUGACUCCCCUGUCUGGGUUGACCAAUGGCCCCUUCCUCAGCACAAAUUAGCAGCAGCCAUGCAGUUACGGUUGGUGCAGGAACAGCUUUCGGCUGGACAUAUUAUACCCUCCACUUCCCCGUGGAAUACACCCAUAUUUGUUAUUCAAAAGAAAGGGGAAAAAUGGAGGCUUCUCCAAGACCUCAGAGAAAUUAAUAAGACUAUGGUACCAAUGGGGGCACUCCAACCAGGACUCCCCUCUCCGGUUGCCAUUCCUAAAGGCUAUACAAAAUUGGUUAUUGAUUUAAAAGAUUAAACUUUUUGGAAAGGACCCAGAUGUCAUCUGUACACCAUAUAAUUCCUCUCAAGUACAGUGGUUGAUUCAGACUUCGGAUGAUUGGGCUGUUAAUAGCAUUUCCUUUCAGGGACAACUUGAUAAUCAUUAUCCCGCUGAUAAACUUAUUCAGUUUUUGCAUAGACAAUCUGUAUUUUUUCCAACGCGAACCAAGACUUCUCCCAUUCCUGGAGCCGCAUUGAUUUUUACUGAUGGCUCCUCUUCAGGAAUUGCUGCUUUUAGUAUUCAGGGGCAGAUUUUUCAGUCUCAGACAGAUCACUCGUCCGCUCAACUGGUGGAGCUGGUUGCAGUCAUAAAAGUCUUCGAGACUCUCGCAGGCCAAGCUUUUAAUCUUUACACUGAUAGUGCUUAUGUUGCUACUUCUGUUCUGUUGCUUGAGACUGUCCCUUACAUUAGGCCCUCUACCAAUGCUUCUCCUCUUUUUGCCAAAUUACAGGCUUUAAUACUAAGACGCUCAGAACCCUUUUUUAUUGGACACAUUCGAGCUCACUCUGGCCUUCCGGGACCCCUGAGUGAGGGAAAUGACUUGGUAGACCAGGCCACCCAACCUAAGUUAGUCCUUUUUAUGACAUCUGUUGAGCAACCUGACCCCCUGAUACAAGCCCAGGAAGCUCAUCAUUUACACCAUCUCAAUGCCCAAACGCUUCGUCAGAUGUUUUCUAUUACGAGAGAACAGGCUAGGCAAAUAGUCCGCCAAUGCCAGAAUUGCUUAAUUUUCUUGCCCGAGCCUCACCUAGGAGUUAACCCUCGAGGUCUGACACCGGGAGAGCUCUGGCAGAUGGAUGUUACACAUUAUUCCCCUUUUGGAAAAUUAAAAUACAUUCAUGUGUCUAUAGAUACCUUCAGUGGAUUUAUUUUCGCCUCUCUCCAAUCGGAAGAGGCUACUAAACAUGUUAUAAGUCAUAUUCUUGCAUGUUCUGCCUUCAUGCCUUUACCUAAAAUCAUAAAGACAGACAAUGGCCCUGGAUAUAUCAGUAAUAACUUUAAACAAUUUUGUGCUCAAUUAAAAAUUAAACACAUCACAGGAAUCCCUUACAACCCACAGGGCCAGGGCAUCGUAGAAAGAGCACAUCAAACCCUUAAAAAUAUGCUUCAAAAAUUACAAUAUUCUGGAGGAAUUUUAUACCCACCAACAGGAAACUACAAAACCCUUUUAAAUCAUGCCUUAUUUGUUUUAAAUUUCCUUACUCUUGAUAAUAAUGGCAAGACCGCAGCUGAUAGAUUCUGGCAUCCUUCCACAUCGGAUACCUAUGCUCAAGCAAUGUGAAAAGACCCAUUGACUUAUAAGUGGUCUGGUCCGGACCCCGUAUUAAUUUGGGGAAAAGGACAUGCAUGCAUAUUUGACUCUAAGCAACAAAAUGCCAGAUGGCUCCCUGAAAGAUUAAUAAAGUUAAUUGACACCCCCCCCCCAGGGAAACCCCUGAGGAAAAAUCUAACUGUGCUUAAUUACAGAAAGAUGUUCGGCCUUGCCACUCUUUCGCUCCUGCUUGCAGUCUGGCUGGCGACAGGUGGAUUCUGCAAUCAAGCCCAUCCAAGUCCAUUAUCACCGCCUGGCUUGGAAAGAAGAAUCUGCCAUGGAACUUUCACCUGAUGCCCCAGACUCCCGCCCCCUAGAUUUUUCCUCCCUGCUCUCCCCUGCCCUGAGAUGGAAGUUUUGGGGCCAUCCUCAUAGCUAAAUUUGGACUUUUACGACUCUCACAAUUGGCUGACCAAAAAUAAAAUUUCUUCCUUAGUUAACUAAGGCAGAUUUAACAGCUGCCCUUUAGUCCUUUGGGUACACCCUCAUUUUCCUCUGCCCUGCAAGUCUUUGGGGAGGAUCAAUGCGUUACAUUUUCACAAAGUGAGUGGUCUGGUAAGUCAGAGACGGAAUGGGUGGGUAAGUCUCGCUCCGCCUAAGACAGGAUGACCUCGCCUGGAGGAGGCCAAUCCAAUGACGGGUAAGGGUCCAGCACCGCCCUUCCAACAGGCUCAGACCCCGUUUGUGCCCCUGUUUAAGUAAGGACUCUUGCCUCUCCCUUCUGUUGAUUCAACUCGUCUAUGGCCUUUGCACUCUGAGGGCUUUGUCCCAUUGCACCAGAAAUGGCAUAGACCUAUCAACAAAGGUAAUGAUGUCCGUAAAUCUCUCUGGGGAACGCAACCUCCAUGGCUUGUUUAUGUGGGUUACCCAGAUAGGCUACAAAAAUUGGCUGAUCAAAAUUAUUCUUUACAUGUUCUUUGAGAGUCCUAAAAGUCCCCUUGCUUCUAAAAAGAUAAAAAGGGAGGAGAUGUCGGGAGCCGACAAAGCCCCCAGACUCUGAUUUGUCAUAUCCUGCCGGACAAACAACAGAUGUCCGAAACCACAGACGUUGUUUUUAGUGACUGUAUAACCUUGUGAGCCUCCACUGUAACAAUCACAUGAAUCAAGUGACUUCUUACAAUAGUCUUAGUGAUUUUCCACUAUUAUUUCCUCCUCCUCGAAACCCCCCCCCCGCCAGAACUGCCCUAUAGAAAUACACUACUGCACAAUAAAAGUAGCACUUGAAAGGC